AUGGAUUUUAUUCGUAAUCUUGUCGAUGGUGAACAAAAAGAAAUUCCAAAGAAACAAUGGAAUGUCAAUCAAGAAAACUUCUCUCUUGACGGUCCAUUAGCUGUCAAUCCAAAAGAUGAAGAUAAAUGGAUCUGUAGAUGUGGUCAAUCAAAAAAUUAUCCAUAUUGCGACGGUUCACACAAAGCCUACAAUGAACAACACGGAACCAAAGAAACCCCAUUAAAAGUUAACCAAGGUAAUGAUACUGUUUAUGUUUGUAGAUGUGGUUAUUCAAAAGACAAGCCAUUCUGUGAUGGUGCACACUCUAUCCUUAAAAAGGUCGAAUUAGAAAGAGAAAAUGGUGUUUUCAAUUUAGUUAGAUAUGCUCUUCCAAUUAUUCCAUUUGUUUUCUUAUCAAUUUACAUCAAAAACCAUCUUCAAUAA